UCUGUGGUACCUGCUGGCUACUUAACUUAGCUAGCAGCCUACCUAUCAGUCACUUCUGUUUAGGAAUAACAAAAUGAACGACAGACGAAAUGAUUUCUUUUUGUUUUACAGCCGAUGUGCAAUUGCUUUGUAAGGAAAAGAUGGAUACCAUCCAUUUGGUUUUAGUAUUUUAGCUGUUAUUGCGUUUUGUUGGUUCCAUUUUGCGUGUAACUGGAAGUGGAAAAGACAAAGAGAAAAGAGCUUUCCAAUAGCUAGAAUGGUUUGGGCCUAAAAGGAAGAUAAGAGCAACAUGAACCGUGAGGACCGGAAUGUGCUCCGAAUGAAAGAACGAGAAAGGAGAAAUCAAGAAAUCCAGCAGGGAGGAGGAGAGGCCUUUCCAGCGAAUUCCCCUCUCUUUCCUGAACCCUACAAAGUGUCCAGCAAAGAAGAUAAACUAUCCAGCCGUAUUCAGAGCAUGCUGGGCAAUUACGACGAGAUGAAAGAGCCGAUUGGUGACACAUUACCAAAGCUCAGCGGUAAACCUUCUAACAGCUCGUCUUCCUCUGAGGAGAAAUCAGGUCCACCUCUGUUUGGUGGGGAUCAGCGUGGCAGUGGUGGCAGCAGCCAGAGCAGCAAGUGGACCCCUGUAGGCCCUGCUGCGGGUGGCUCUUCAUCCCAGUCCCAAAAACGCUCAGGACUCAGCAGCCAGAGGGGGAACGGAGGCAGUAGCGGCAGCAGCAGCAGUAGCCAAAGACACGGAGAAAAGAAGUCAAGUAAACACAGCAGCGGGUCAGAGCACUCAAAGUCACACACAUCGAGUCCGGCUAAGGGCUCCCUCAGCUCCUCCGGGAGCAACAGCCACCUGCGGAGCUCGUUGUCUGCCGAGCAGCAUCACAGCAAAGAGCGAUAUCGCUCCAAGUCCCCUCGAGACAGAGAGGCCAACUGGGACUCCCCAUCGCGGGUUCACACGUCCUUCCCCAGUGGACAGCACUCGAGUCAGGCAUUUCCCCCGUCUUUAAUGUCCAAACCUGGCUCCAUGCUGCAGAAGCCCACAGCCUAUGUUCGGCCUAUGGACGGCCAGGAAACGGCAGAACCCAAGAGCUCAGCGCCGGAGAGUUACAGCGGACAGUCGCACAGCAGCACCAUGGGAGAGAUGAAGUCCAACAGCAAAGCCUCACUCUCGAAACUCAAGAUCCCGUCACAGCCUGUCGAGGGAACUGGUGAUGCCAACUGUGUCGAUGAAAUUCUGAAGGAAAUGACUCAGUCUUGGCCCCCUCCACUGACAGCCAUCCACACCCCCUGUAAAACAGAGCCCUCCAAGUUUCCGUUCCCCACAAAGGACUCUCAUCCUUUUCCAAGUGGACACAAGCGAGGCAGUUCUUCCAAAAGCUCGAGCAGCCACCAGCCCAAAGCCUGCGACGACCAGCCCACUAUGCUUGAAGAUGACCUGAAGCUGAGCAGCAGUGAGGAUAGUGAUGGGGAACAGGACUCUGCCAAGAACCCCUCAAGAAACCCAUCAGCAAGCGAAGGAGCCGAGCAAUCCAGGGACGACUCGAGCAGCCACAGCGGCUCAGAGACCAGCUCAGGCUCAGACAGCGAGAGUGAAAGCAGCACGACAGACAGCGAAGGCAAUGAGCACCCACGGCCCGCCUCUCCUGAACCUGAACAGCCAAUGGCCAACAAGUGGCAGCUGGACAACUGGUUCAAGAAGGCGAAGCAGUUCUCCCCAGCCUCUCCGGUGGACAACAAUGUCCCAACAAAGUGUAAGAAGGAAGGCAGAGAUAGCAGCUCAGGACGCGGCUACAGCAGCCAGGGGGGGAGUUCAAAAGACUCUACAACGCCCACGCCAAGCAGGGACCUACGAGCGGCGCAGAAAGGUGCCGAGGGUGGCCGAGGCAGGCAAAAAUCCCCCGCUCAGAGCGAGGGUGGCACGAAUGCACGAAGGAGUGUCGGUAAGAAACAACCUAAAAAGUCUGAAAAGCCUCCAGUGGUAGAGGAACCCAAAGGAGGUCUGAGGGUGGAGAGUGAGCCAGCUCCUGAGAUCCCUCCUCAUCGGCCCAAAGCUCCUACUAAAGGUUCUCGAAAGCCAACCAUCAAAAAGGAGCCUAAAUCCUCUCCAAGGCCAACUGCACCUGCUGUCACCACCACUGCAGACAAACGCAAGGCUAAGGCACCCACUAAGACUUCCCAGAAGUCUCGGGAGUUUCUUGACACGGACCCUUCAUCAUCGGACUCUGAGGGAAAUGACAGCAUACCAUCCUCGUCACAGACGCCCAAAUACACAGAGAGCAUUAGGACACCUGUGUGUGUGUUUUCUCCGAUGGAGGAGAAGGAGCUGCUGUCUCCUCUCAGUGAUCCAGAGGAGCGAUACCCUGCGAGGCAGCCUCAGCAGCAGGUUCUUCUUGUGAAGAUAGAUCUCAGCUUGUUGUCUAGGAUCCCGGGGCGGCCCUACAAGGAACCUGUGGAGAUAAAAGUGGAGAGGGAUGAUUCUUUAGACCGGGACAGCAAAGACUUCAGCAAGCAGAGCUCUGAAAAGAGUUCUAGUAAGGCAAAGAGGAAACACAAGAACGAUGAAGAAGGAACUAAGCCAGAGAGCAAGCGGUGCAAGCUGGAGGAGAAGUCCCUGUCUCAUCACAAAAACAGCAGUAAAGAGUCUAAGAGGUCAUUGGAGAAGAAAGAGGAGCCAGUCCCCUCUCCCUCCAUGUCAGGUCUUCAGCGGACACCAAAAGCAGAGCAUCCAAGCAGAAAGCGAACAGUCAGCCAGUCCUCCACAUCUCUGUCCAGUGGGACGGGAAGUGGAAAGGAGGGAAGCCACAGCACCAAGGGCAACUCCACCUCCAAGCACCGAAAAGGAGAGGACAAGGGACGCAGCACACGAGACAGCAAGGAGAAAUCCUCAAAGGGAUGUGAUAACCAGCUGGCCGUGCCGCCACUCUCCACUGACGGUUCCAAGUCUCAGAGAUCCAAGCUGGUGUUUGAGGACAGGGUGCAUUCAGCAGAUCACUACUUACAAGAGGCCAAGAAACUAAAACACAAUGCAGAUGCACUGUUGGACCGUUUUGAUAAGGCGGUUUACUACCUGGAUGCUGUGGUGUCUUUCGUUGAGUGUGGGAAUGCUCUGGAAAAGAGCGCCCAAGAGUCCAAGUCUCCUUUCCCUAUGUAUGCAGAAACUGUGGAACUUAUCAAAUACACUAUGAAGUUAAAAAGCUACAUGGCUCCAGAUGCUACGUCAGCAGACAAGAGGCUAGCAGUGCUUUGCCUUCGAUGCCAGUCUCUCCUCUACUUGCGGUUAUUUAAGCUGAGGAAAGAUAGUGCACUAAAAUACUCCAAAACACUCACUGAACACUUAAAGAAUUCCCUUAGUAACACCCAGGCUCCCUCUCCUGGAAUGGGAAACAAGGCAGCAGGUAUGCCCUCUCCAGUGUCUCCUAAGCUGUCACCGGGCACAGCCGGUGGCUACUCAACAGUGAGCAGCAGUAGCAGCGCCAGUUCUUCUGUAACUAUACCUCAGCGUAUCCAUCAAAUGGCUGCCAGUUAUGUCCAGGUCACUUCCAACUUCUUGUAUGCCACUGAGGUCUGGGACCAGGCAGAGCAGCUUUCAAAGGAGCAGAAAGAGUUCUUCUCGGAGCUGGACAAGGUGAUGGGUCCCCUCAUCUUCAACACCAGCAGCAUGACAGAACUGGUGCGUUACACACGGCAGGGCCUCCACUGGUUGCGCCUGGACGCUAAGCUAAAUCCCUAGCGAGGACUGGCUCUCUGCACGCUGCUUCCACAGCCACACCUCAGCCUCCUGUGUUCAGCUACGUGUGCUCAGAGACACACAAGCACGCUCGCAGACAUAAAAGUACUGUACUCACCUGCAUACAAAGUCCACAGACAGACACACAUGUGAUGGACCUCUCAGACAUAUCUCCAACACUGUGUCCAUUUCCUACACCAGCUUGCCAAAAACACUGAGCAACUUUGAGCAUCUCACACCGUCGACUGCUCCACACAGGGAGAAGCAUCCGAACUGCAGCACAGGAACAAAAAUGGCCACGCUUCAUUUAUCGGCAUUAUAAAGUGUUUUUAUUGAUUCAGCAUGGAAGCACUGGGGGAAUAUGUAUAUGCGUACAAAUUGGGUUUGUUUUUUAGGCUACUUUGGUUUUUCUAUCGUUCUGUUUGACUUUGUUUCACCAAAGUACCUCCCAUGAACACCAAAGGUGCUUUAAAAUGAAGGUUUCUCUUUAUCAUUUUUGUGCCUUGUAUGUGAGCUACAGGAAAACAAACAGCCACCCCUCAUUUCUGAGUACAUCUUUUUUUUCCUCUUGCUUUAAGUCAUUUAAUAUAUUUUUUGACAUAUAGCAGGUCUGAAAGCUGGCAUCAAUCAUGUUUUUAGUGCAGUCUUUCAGUUCUAAGUUGGGUCCUUUCCAAGCAUUUGACAUUAAGGAGUAGAUAUGGUGUUGGCUGCAGAUAAAAUAACCAUCUAUACUUAUCUUUCCUUCAGAGUCUCCUGGUGCAUGAGCUUGGAGCAUGGCCACAAGAUUUAAGGACUCUAGGAAAGGGCUACUGUGCACAGCAGAAAAUAAACCCUCGUAUACACUUAUUAUAAAUGUAUUGAUCAGUGUUUAAGUUUUUAAUUUAAUAAUCCAGGAUCAUGAACUACUUUUAGCCCAGUUGGAAAACCUGAUGUUGGUCUUGUUUGAUGUAAGGAGUAGCAUGGCCUCCAGGGGCCACUAUUGGGGGCUUUUAGACUCCUGGCCUUAAUAAAAUUCAUCAUGUAAAUGUUCUCUCUAAGAGAUUUUCUGUCUUCGAAGCUCCUGAUUAAACGCCUCCUCCUUUGAAUUGAUUUUAUGCAUGUAGCUACAUUGUUCAUUGUGAAAUUUCCUCAAAGAUAAGUCACUUCCAGACAGUGUUAUUCUUCUUUUGAUCCCCUUGUUUGCUCAGAGUGUAUUUUUGUAAUGAUCAGCAGGGAGUGUCUAAGGUGUUGAAAUCAUUUCCACAGAUAUGAUGCAGUUACUGACAAUGCAGUUUAUAGAAACUGGGCCUGAGUAGGGGGGAGGGAGCAGAGGUGGGGGCAGCUCAUUUGGCAGAGGAAAAGUACAAUUUGUCUGAUGGGAAAAAGUUCAGUGAUGCAGCUUAGCAGUGUUGCAUUUAUAGAACAAAGAGUUUUAAAUAUAUUAUUAUAUAUUUCAAAGGUAGAGUAUAAUGGCCAAUAUAGAUUUUAUUUAUAUACCAAGCAGUUUUUUUUUGUCUUUGGCCCAAACAGAAGUAUAACUUUUCAAAUGCAUACUUUUAAAGCAGGGUUAAACAUGGGUUUUAAGAUGCUAAGUAUUUGUAUAUGUAAUUGUUCUUAUUUAAAUUUGUAAUCUUAAUUAUGCUUGUAUUACGAGACAGUGGGUAAGAAAUGCCUCAGCUAGUGGUUGUAAAUGUGGUACUACAGGAAAGGUAAAACGUAGCAGAGUAACACCCUCUGCCAAGAUUUGAACAUUUCUGUCAGAUGUUUAAAUUAUGAGUCAUUGUCAAGGGAAAUAAGCAUGACUGGUUUUAGUUAAGACUCUAACAUUGCCACUUCUUUUAGAGAGAUGAUUGGGUGUUUGGUUAACAUAAAGGAUGGUCAUUUUUCCCCCUCACACUCCUUUAUAAAACAUGCUGGAAUAAUGUAAGCCUGGGCCAAACAGUAUCCAAAUACACUACUGGUUAAUAAAUGAGAGAACAGUAAGAAAGUGCCAGAAGCUGGAGAUGUAUGAAAGCACUUUUCCUUUAUUUUCAUACACAAUUUGGUCUCCCCUCUAAAUUUGCACCUCAUCUUGCACCUGUUCACAUCCAAAAAACAUGUAAAUCCUACUCUUUGGCCCAGGUUUGACUAUUUUUUCUUUCUUUUGUAAUUCACCAACCUUCACUGGCUCCCUGGCCUUUAUUGUAGGAGGGGAUACUGUUAUUUCCUCUUGCACUUGUUAAAGAGAAAGUCAGAGGAGGUAUUAUUUUUAAUCUAUGCAGGAUUUUUACAAAUAAAAAGAAAAAAUGAGAAAGACAAGGAGUGUGUUCUGUGUGGGGAAAAAAACUAGGCUUGGGAUUUUCCCCUUUUUUGCCUCAGUGAGAAACCUGUUAAACUCAAGUGUCCAAUGCCUUUAGCUUUUACAAUUUUUUGUGUACCAGUUUAGUAUAUAUAUGUAUAUAGAUCUGUUUUUAUAACCAAACACAGAUGGCUUGAGCCAUUUUGUACUUAAAGCUGGAGGCCACUUUUCUCAUAGGAAUUCCUCUUUGGGUUUUGCCAGCCCAGUUAAUGUCUUCAUACACUGGUACACUUUGUAAGUACAGGUCUGCGCCUUGUGUUCCCUACACUUUCUUGUAGUCUAAUGUACAAAAUUUGCGUUGAAAUAAUUUUUAACAGUUUGCUACUCACACUUAUUUAUUUUUCUGCCCCCUUGCUUAAUAUUUUUUUUUCUAUUUUUACCAUUUUAAGGAGAAACCUUUUAUGAAAUAGGAAGAUGUAAAUGUAUAGGGGUUGUUCAUGAUGAGAUUUCAUUGUAAGUAGUAAUUAAUAUUAAUUCUAACUUGAACGAAUCCAGGGUAAGAUGACUUCUUUUUCUUUUCUUUUCUGACAUUCAGUAGGAAGAUGUUAACACUUGCAUGUUUCUAUUUAAAUACAAAUGUAUAAAUUGUAAAUAUAACAUUUCUUUAAGGGUGAAUUUCUACUACAGGUUGACAUUUUUAUUGAAAUUUAAAAAUGCUGUAAAUACAUUUUGUGAGAUACUUUAUGCACAUUUUUUUCUCUGUGGGCUUUUGUGUUUUCUUCUUCUUCUUCUUCCAAGCUGUUACAGAUGACAUGCCAGUCUCUUAACACUGUAUAUCAGAUUGAUUUCUCUGACUUUUUUUCUAACUGUGCUUGUAAACUUCGUCUUCUGCUUUACUGUCUUUCAGUAUCAUGGUCGCCACAUAAUCAUAAUGUCUCUAGAUCCAAGUGCGAAUAUUUUGUCUUCUCUGUAUUUGAUAUGGAGGCGUGUACUUUUCAUGAAAUGUAUAUUGUGGAUCUCAUGGGAUGGAUGGAUUGUGUACUCAGUCUGUUGUGUAAAAUCACGUCUGUUGUUUCCUCAUGAGAAAGAUGUAUUUACUAUUUGUCCCUUUUGAACAAUUGGUCCAACAUGUCUUUUGAAACAGAGGUAUUUCUCUACAGGUCAGAACAGUUGUAGCAGUUUAUACAGUAUGUUGUAUAACAUCUUUUUUCUAAAAGUCGUCUCUAAAGUGAGACCAGCAGCAUACACUAUGUACAAUAGUCUAAAUUGGAAUAGUUUUAAAAGAACUGAUGAUAGAGAUACUAUAUAUGAUGGAUGCAAUAUGAAAAAAGGUACUCAUGAGUUUGAUCUACAAACUUAGGUUAUGUAAUUUAAAAGCAUUCUUGUGAAGUGAGUAUUAAUUGUGACUAAUGAGAGUCUGUCCUAAAUAUUCUUUGUAUUUUGCCGUAUUGAGAAUAAAAUAUAUAUGGAUAUGUUUAAA